AGGAAUUUCUCGAUGCUACAACACGUGUAUGGUUGAAUACUACAAAAAUGAGUGAAGAUUGCCUUUAUUUAAAUAUAUGGACAAGAGCAAAUAACAAUAAUUAUUCAAAUGAUCACUUCAUGCUUGAAAGUAGCGCUGUAUUCGGUCCUAAAGGUGGUCGACCUGUUAUGGUAUGGAUACAUGGUGGAAGUUUAAUUCGAGGCUCUUCAUCUAUUGAAAUGUAUAAUGGUGCUUAUUUAGCUGGAAAAAUGAAUGUUGUUGUUGUCAGUAUACAAUAUCGGCUUGGACCAUUAGGUUUUCUCUAUUUAGGUGAUAAUGAAAUACCUGGAAAUCAAGGAUUAAUGGAUCAAGUUGCUGCAUUACAAUGGAUUCGUGAAAAUAUAGCUUAUUUUGGAGGAAAUCCACAACAAAUUACACUUUUUGGUCAUUCCGGUGGUGUAAUCUGUGUUGCAUUACAUUUAAUCUCACCAAUAUCGAAUCAUUUAUUUCAACAAGCAAUAUUACAAAGUGGUUCACCAUUAGCAUGGUGGGCUGUGGAAAGUUCUCAUACAGCUUUAGAAAAAACACGUUUAUUAGCAAAAUUAAGUGGUUGUAAUACGGUAACCGAUUCAAAUAAUCAAUACACUAAAGAAUUAAUCAAAUGUUUACGAAGUGUUGAUUCCGAAACACUGGUUAUCAAUCAAUGGCAUAUGCAUUUAUUACGUAAUGGAGAGAAUUCGUCAAGAACUAAUCAAUUGAAAAAAUUAUAUCGAAAUAGAGCAAGUCAUCAUCUUCUAAGUACUGCUGGUUAUUAUUUUGAUGUACCAUUUAAACCGGUAGUUAGUGCACCAUUUUUACCUGAAUGGCCAUAUGAAGUGUUAGGUUCUGGUAAAUUAAACAUACGUCAUCGUAUUAUGAUGGGAGUUAAUAGAGAUGAAGGAAUGUAUCAUCUUGUACAAAGUUUACGAAUGUAUUUUAUGUCACCUGGUUUAUGGCCACAAAUACCAAGAGAAUUUCGUCAUGAUUUAGCAUUAAUGGAUCCAUUAGAUCUGUUGGCAUUUUAUAUUAUGGAUGAAAAUUUUCUCCAGUCAGUUUUAUUACAAGCUACUGUUUUUGAAUAUCAAAUUCCUAGCCGAGCAUUAGGUACUGGUAGUUGGACAUCAUUAGAAGUUGUGAAAGCCUUGAAUGAAGUUGGUGGAGAUUAUAAUAUAAAAUGUCCAGUUGUUGAAUUUGCUGACUUCUAUUCUCGUGGACCAAAUGCACAGGUAUUUCUUUAUUCAUUUGAACAUCGUACAUCUGGUUUAACAUGGCCUGAAUGGACAGGUGUUAUGCAAGGUUAUGAAGCUGAAUACAUUUUUGGUGCUCCAUUUAAUCAAGCAUUUACUGAUAAAUAUUAUAAUUUUACUUCAGAAGAAAAACGUCUAAGUGAAGAAAUGAUGCAAUUUUGGACAAAUUUUGCUUCUACAGGGUCACCAAAUUUAAAUCCUGGAGAAUUUCAUACACGUAAUAAAGAACUCUAUUGGGAUCGAUAUGAAACUUAUUCACCACAAUCUGUGGCAAUGCUCAGUGAGUCAUCCGCAUCAUCAGCAUCGUCAUCAUCGGGACUAUCCUCAACCACAGUAUCAAGUAGUGAAUCACCAUCAUCGUCAACAUCAUUACUGUCUUCAGAAAUUUCCUUAUUGAAAACACGAACUGAUGAUUCACGUAAACAUAUGAUAUUCACAUUACCACAUUCAUAUAUGAGUAAAAAUCUACGUAGACAUUAUUGUAUGUUUUGGCGUGAACAAUUACCAAUGUUAAGAGAAAGAAUUUUAUAUAAUUCCGCGUGUAAAUCACGUCAACCAAUAAUGACACAGCAUGGUGCAACAAGUGAUCCACAAAAACCACCGUAUGUUGAAUCAUUCAGUACACUUUAUCCAAAUAUAAUUAAAUCAUUGGAAUUCAAUACAACUAAACGUAAUCAAGCAUCAGAUAAUUUCCAUUUAAAAAGCAAUUACAUGUUAGGUAUAUAUAUGAUGAUUUAUUGUUACUAUUAUUAUUAUAAUUAUUAUUACUACUAG